AUGAAGGAUCAUUUGCACAUCAUCGGGUUAGGCGACUUUUUCGCAGAUGCAAAAAAAUGUUGGGUUCUUUUGGCUAGCAAGUCCCCAAGAAGAAUAGAGUUAAUGAAAUUAAUGGGGAUAUCAAAUUUAUACAUUUGUGAAUCAGGAUUUGAGGAAAACUUAGAUAAAGAACAGUUUGCUUCUGCUGAGCAUUAUGUUAAAGAAAAUGCCUUACAGAAGGGGUUAAAUGUAGCCAACCAUGUCUGGUUUGGGGAUCAAGUCAAUACUCAUAGCGAGGGAAACCCUAAAGAAGCGGAAAAAAAAAACACACAAGGGAGUAAUAGUGGUGAUUUGUCAAGGGGCCAGCCCAAUAACGCACCGCAUUGUACCGAUGCAACAAAAAAGCAACAGCUGAAAAGUUUGUAUAGCACCUAUGACCCAAUGCCAAAUGUUAUAAUCUCAUGCGACACGAUCGUUACGCUCAAGGACGAAAUAAUAGAAAAACCUCUCAACAGGGAGCACGCGUUUGAAAUUUUAAAAAAGCUAUCAUCUAAUGUCCAUUGUGUUUAUACAGCUGUCUGUAUAUUUUUACACAAAACAAAAGUACCCAUAACAUUUAUCGAAAAAACAGACGUACAUUUUGACAACUUGCAUGAGCGAGACAUUCUGGAAUAUUUAAAUUCGAGUGAACCGUAUGAUAAAGCUGGCGCUUACUCUAUCCAAGAAGUCGGCUGUCAGUUUAUAAAAAAAAUUAAUGGGUGCUAUUACAACGUUAUGGGGUUACCAAUUAAUAAACUCUCCAGAACGUUGACGCAGUUAUGUGUGGAGGGGAAAAUAUCAGUUUCAUAG